AUGGAAAAUAAAACUAAUUGCUAUGAAUUAGACGGAACUACCAUAAAGUCUACUAUCGAUGUGCCAGAUGUAUUUUCAGUGGAUAUUAGAUCUGAUAUUAUUGAACAGGUUCAUUCUCUUGAGAGAUUAAAUUUGAGACAACCUUAUGCUGUGUCUCCCGAUGCUGGUAUGCAACAUUCUGCUGUUUCUUGGGGAACUGGAAGAGCUAUUGCGAGAUGUCCUAGAAUUGGUGGAGGUGGUUCAAGAAGAUCUGGACAGGGUGCUUUCGCUAAUUUCUGUAGGAAGGGUAGAAUGGCACAUCCUACUACCACUAUGAGAAGAUGGUGUAGAAAGAUACCUCUUAAUACUAGAAGAAUAGCAAUUGCUAUGUCUAUUGCUGCAUCAGCCAGGCCUUCUUUUAUUGAAGCUAGAGGACAUCGAAUUGAAAAUGUCAAAAAUAUUCCGCUAGUAGUCAGUGAUAAAAUUAAAGAAUUAGUAAAAACUAAAGAUGCCUUUGAAGUUAUUAAGAAUUUUAAUUUAGCAGAAGAAGUAGAGAAAGUUAAAAAUAGCAAAUCUUUGCGUGGUACAAAAGGUAAAAUGAGAAAUAGAAGGUAUAGAAUGAGAAAAGGUCUUUUACUUAUUCAUGAUAGUCCUGUUGAAUUAAAAGCUUUUAGAAAUAUUCCUGGUGUGGAUCAGUUAAAUAUCAAUAAAUUGAAUAUUUACGAACUAGCACCUGGAGGUCAUGCUGGUAGGCUUAUUUUAUGGACUGAAAGUUCUUUUAAAAAAUUAGAAAGUAUGUUUGGUAAAUUUAAUAGUGAAUCAAAACUUUUAAAGAAAUUUACAUUACCCAAGAAGUUAUGUACUACUGACAGCUUCAAAGAUUUAUACUUAUCUGAAGAGGUACAAGCCAUUCUUAAUGAAGCUAAAUAUUGCCCAGAAUAUAGUUCUAGAAUGACUGAGGAAGAGAUUGCGGAAAAUGAUAAAUUUAUCGGCAUGUUCGAUACUACUCAAGUUUUAUCUCAUUAA